AUGGCAGGCUCAUCUCCACCCGCGAACAAACGCCGAGCUCAUACGAAAUCGAGAACAGGUUGUGCCGAGUGUAGGAGGAGGCGUGUCAAGUGCGGAGAAGAGAAGCCGCGUUGCAGACAUUGCUUCCGACGAAGUAUCCCAUGUCUGUAUCCGUCUCAGGAUCCUCUCCCGAUUCACCCGGCUAAGGCGAGCUCAUCUCUCGUGAGUGUGUCUCCUCUGCCGGCUGCAACAAGCUCUCGAUGUCAUUCUCCUCUCGGAAGGGUUGAGAAGAGUGGUGGCACAAUUCCAACUUACACCAUCAAGGACAUGGCUCUAUUACACCACUGGACAUGGUCGACGAGCAAAAGUGUUGCCGACUUUCCCGACGUGAGCCGCUACUGGCAGACCGUAUUUCCACAAAUUGCGUUUGAGCAUACUUUCGUCAUGCACGCCAUUCUCAGCUUGGCUGCUUUGCAUCAGGCAUACCUUUACCCAGAAAGAAGAAAGCAGCUGACAAUGGAGGCUAUGCGGUAUCACAACCAGGCAAUACACGGCUUCCAGCGCGGCAUCGAGCAUAUGAAUGAUGGUAAUAGCGAUGCGCUGUUCGCGUGGUCCUCGUUAAACAUCAUUUAUGUGUUUGCCACGUACGGGCAACUUUACGACGAUGUGGAACUCGAUAUGACCCCGGCAGCCCGAAAGUCACGAGUACUAGGCGUGGAGUGGCUUCCAAUGGUACGUGGUGUUGAAGCCAUUCUACAUCCCGUGUACCAGCACGUCCGAUUCGGACCAUUGAGUUCGCUAUUGAGCACUGGAAAUUGGGAUCAGCUAGAUCCGGACUCCGAGCGUGUAGCCGAUGAUGAGCGCUUCCGUAACCUUGGCGAUAUAUGGGCAGAUAGUGGUGACCAUAAUAUCUACGACAAGACCUUAUUUCUUCUCAGAAAAUCUCUAGCAUAUAUGAAACAGUUCGAAACCAUGAAUGCUGAGACCGCGGGGACUUUGACUUAUAACAGAAGAUUGUCUGGGCCUAUUGUCUGGGUAUUAACCACGCCUGGGGAAUAUUUUCAGCGAUUACACCAACGACAACCACAUGCGAUGCUGCUCUUUGCUUACUUUGGUGUGGUAAUUCAUAGCUUGAAUGGUUACUGGUUUUUUGGAGGAUGGGGAAGGAAUAUUGUAGAAGUAGUUGAUGAACUAUUAGGGGAGUACUGGAAACCGUGGACAGAAUGGCCAAAACAGGCUGUAGGUCUUUCAUAG